AAAAAAAAAAAAAAAAAAAAAAAAAAAAACGAAAGUUCUCAUCCAUUUCCAGCGAUCCGUUGGUGAAGCAAAAGAAAUUGCGCAUCAAUCAGAUAGGAGUUUGGAUUGUCAUUUGAAAAUAAAAACUUGCAGACAGAGAGAUUGCAGCUAUGGCAGAUGUUCUAGUUGGGUUUCUUCUUGAUAACCUGACGAGGCUACUAAGUCAUGAAGCAAAUUUACUUCUUGGAGUGGAAGAUGAAGUCAGGACACUAAAAGACGAGCUAAAGCUAACUCAUUCCUACCUCAAAAGCUUCGAAGGCAAAUACAAUCAUCAUCAUCAAGCUCUAACCGAAGAAUACAUAAGCCAGAUCUGGGACUUAGUCCAUGAAGCAGAAGACGUUAUUGAUGAGUACGUUGCUUUUGAUUUCCGAAAACAAGGCUACAGUUUUUGGGAAUCGGUCAAAUCCAAAUAUUAUCAACUAACUGUUCGACGACGUGUCGCAGAGAAGAUCACAAACAUCAAUACACGAUUCAAUACUCUGUAUGGAAACAGGGACAAGUUCAGGAUUCAAGAGCCAAACCCUUCUGAAGUUUCAGCUUGUGCUGAAGCCUCGGAUAGUAGAAAACGACUUCCAAUUGAAGAAACUGAUGUUGUUGGCUUUGAUCUCGAAGCAAAAAUGAUAAUAGAGCAGCUAACUAAAGGAAAAGCAGAACGAGAUGUUAUCCCUAUUGUUGGCAUGGGCGGCAUCGGUAAGACCACUCUUGCUGCUAAAGUAUAUAAUGAUCCUAUUGUUUUAAGUUGGUUUGAUCAUAAGGCUUGGGUCGUUGUGUCUAAAGAUUAUUCGGUUAGAGAGUUAUUAGAGGCUGUUAUAAAGUCUACUAUGUUAUUAACUGAUGAAAUGAAAAAAAUGACUGAUAAGGAGUUGGGUUUGGAGCUUCGUGGGUAUUUGAGAGGCGCUAGAAGAUAUUUGAUUGUUUUGGAUGAUGUUUGGGAAACUGAACUGUGGGAAAAAAUACAACAUUGCUUUCCUAAUAAUCUUAGGGGGAGUAGAAUCAUCCUUACAACUCGGAAAAAGGAAGUGGCUUUAUCUGCAAAUCCUAGCAAUGACCCUCAUUAUCUUAAAUUCUUGACGGAUGAAGACAGUUGGAAGCUUUUGUGUUUAAAGGUAUUUGGGAAACAAGAAUGCCCAGAUUUGAAGCUUGAGGAUCCAGGAAAACAAAUUGCCAAAGAGUGUGGAGGUUUGCCUUUGGCAAUUGUGGUCAUAGCUGGAGUUUUGCUAAAGAAAGAGAAGACAACUAGAUGGUGGUUUAGGGUGUCAUCAAGGGUGAGUAAAUUUAUCAAUGAACACACUGAGAGGUGCUCGGAGAUAUUCUCUUGGAGCUAUAAGGACUUGCCGCAUCAUUUAAGGCCAUGCUUUCUCUAUUUAGGUCUUUUCCCUGAAGAUCAUGAGAUUUCUACCAAGCAACUUACAUUGUUGUGGUUAGCAGAGGGGUUCAUACCAGAAAAGGAACAAAUGUCACCUGAGGAUGUGGCGUAUGACUGCUUGGAAGAGCUUGCUGAUCGAAAUUUGGUACAGGUUGCAACCCAAAAAUUUGAUGGGAGUAUCAAGUCAUGUCGCAUUCAUGACCUUUUGCGAGAAUUCUGCAUUUCUGAGGCCUUAAAGAGAAAAUUUCUUGCAGUUUAUAGGCAUGAUCAUUCUUUAUUGCCAGGGAACUCGCGAAGACUGGGGAUUCACUCUAACCCACUGCAAUGUAUCGGUACUAAUUGUGCUUCUUCAAACCUUCGGUCUCUUAUUUGUUUUGAGCACAAUGAUGACAAACGACUUUCCUCAAAACAUUGGAAAUUGCUUUGCAAAGGGCAUAUGUUGCUAAGGGUUUUGGACUUGUGGGAUGUAUAUGUUGAUGAUAUCCCAAAUGAAAUCUAUAAAUUUAUAUGCCUGAGGUACUUGCGGUUGAAGAGUGACUCUGCCGUCACUUUGCCAUUAUCCGUAUGCAAUCUUUGGAACUUGGAGACUCUUGAUGUCACUGCUCCAUUGAUUGAACGGCCUACCAUAAAUAUUUGGAAGAUGCGGCAGUUGAGACAUUUCUACUUCAAUGGAGAAGCUGUUCUUGCAGAGCCACCUAAGAAAAUGAUCAAGGAACAGGAUUAUCUGAACAAUCUCCAGACUCUGUCAAGCAUAAGUCCAGAUAGCUGCACAUGGAAUGCACUCUCUUUAGUGCCAAAUCUUGUCAAGUUGGGAAUAUAUGGAGAUAUAGAGAAAAGCAAGAGUCUGGCUUUCAACAACCUUUCCAAGUUGCAACACCUUCAGAAGUUGAAGCUGAUGAGGGAUCGCCGGUACCAACCUGCCAUAGACAUUCCAAGUUCGAUCGAUUUUCCAUCAUCACUCAUCAGGCUGACAUUGUCACAAACACAGCUUAUAGUUGAUCCAAUGGAGUUAUUGGGGAAGCGGCUACCAAAACUCCAAGUUUUGAAGUUAAAAGAUGGAGCAUAUAGUGGAGAUAUGUUGAAUUGCACUCAAGGUGGUUUCCCCCGGUUGGAAGUUCUGAAAUUAGUCAAUCUGGGUGUGACCAACUGGAAAAUCUCGCCAGGGUCCAUGCCAAGCCUGAUAAGAGUUGUGAUAAACAGAUGUUCAGGUCUCAAGGGUCUUCCAUCUUCUAUGCAACAAAUGCCCACCUUGCAAGAGUUGCAGCUCUGGUAUCCCAAUGUUUUAGUAGCAGAAUGUGCACGUAAGAUAGAAACGUGCAAAGGCAAGGAUCAAUUCAAGCUUUUGAUUAAUCAUGCUGAAAAUGGAGAUGAUAUGCACUAAAAUGAUAAUCAAAUUGCAGGCUUUCCCCUUCUUCAAAGGCUGGUUCUUUAUUUGAAAAUGGAAUAGUUUUCUGAAUUUGGUUGAUAAAGAGAUCAAUGUCAAGUGAUGAUCAAGUUUAUUCAAAUGCUAUAUUGGACUUGAAUGUGUUAUAUGGUCACUGAACUCUUGAAAUAAUCAGUGGACAGGAGGACAAUAAUUCCCUUCUUGAGCUGGCUAGCUUAUAGCUUUGGUGCAUAUGUCCUCCUUGAGCUGGCUAGCCUAUAGCUUUGGUGCAUAUAAUGUGGGGAUGAACAGCCACACUUGCUAGGUCUUUAUAUGUAUGUAAAAUUCAGUAUGCACCUUCAGACUUGGCCUAAUUGUUAGUGCAUAUUUUAAUUUUUGGAAAGAUAUUGAUGUUCUAAUCUCUUUCCUUCUAUAUAUGAAAACAAGAAAAAAAAACGUUCAAUACAGUGACUUGUUUGUUA